AUGUCGGGACGCGGCAAGGGAGGCAAGGGCCUCGGAAAAGGAGGCGCGAAGCGUCACAGGAGGUUCUUCGCGAUAACAUCCAAGGCAUCACCAAGCCGGCUAUCAGGCGUCUCGCUCGUCGCGGCGGCGUCAAGCGUAUCAGCGCCCCCCCCCCUCCCCAAUUUCCCCCUCACUUCCCCCCAAUCUUCCCUCACUGCCAAGCAGAAACGACUCGGGCAGAGCCUGCAAACCCCUGCCUCUAUCCCUCCCCUCCCUCCCCAGUCUCUCCCCAUAUUCCCCCCAAUUUCCCCCUCACCUCCCUCCAAUCUUCCCCCCUCACCUCCCCCCAAUCUUCCUCCACUCUCAUGGCGCCCUUCCCCCAAUCUUCCCGCAAUCCCCCCCUUACCUCUCCCCGAUUCCCCCUCAACCUCUUCCCCAGUCUCCCCCACUCUCUUCCCAAUCUCCCCUCUGCUUCCCCAAAAAUUCCCCCGAUUACCCCCCCAAACCCAUUCUUCCUCCCCCCCACCACUUCCCCCAACCUCCUGUCUACCUUCCCUCACUCCUACUCCAAACCUCCUAACCGCCAUCCCCUCUGUUCUUAUACUCUCAAAUGCUUUCCCUUUUUCGAUGCUCACCUCCCCGCCUGAUGCGUCGGUUUUUGAGUCGACUCAAAAACAAAUCGCCAUCCCCUCUGUUCUUAUUCUUUCAAAUGCUGGCCCUUUUUCGAUGCUCUCCUCCCCCCCGCCUCUCACAUGCACCUCCCGCCUCUCACAUGCACCUCCCGCCUCUCACAUGCACCUCCCGCCUCUCACAUGCACCUCCUGCCUCUCACAUGCACCUCCCGCCUCUCACAUGCACCUCCUGCCUCUCACAUGCACCUCCCGCCUCUCACAUGCACCUCCCGCCUCUCCCAUGCACCUCCCGCCUCUCACAUGCACCUCCCGCCUCUCACAUGCACCUCCUGCCUCUCACAUGCACCUCCCGCCUCUCACAUGCACCUCCCCGCCUCUCACAUGCACCUCCCGCCUCUCACAUGCACCUCCCGCCUCUCACAUGCACCUCCCGCCUCUCACAUGCACCUCCCGCCUCUCACAUGCACCUCCCGCCUCUCACAUGCACCUCCCGCCUCUCCCAUGCACCUCCCGCCUCUCACAUGCACCUCCCGCCUCUCACAUGCACCUCCUGCCUCUCACAUGCACCUCCCGCCUCUCACAUGCACCUCCCGCCUCUCACAUGCACCUCCCGCCUCUCAUAUGCACCUCCCGCCUCUCACAUGCACCUCCCGCCUCUCACAUGCACCCCCCUCCGCUCACGGAUUUUUUCCAUUCCCAAGUUCACCUCUCAUCCCCAAUCCUCACAUUUCUCCUGUGGGACUUCCACAUCUGGCCGGCAAUCGUUGCAUGCAUGCCCCUUCUAGGUGCACCCCCCCCCACUGGUGCUCCUCCUUCCCCCCAAUGCAUCGCUCUCCCUCCCCCUCCCCUAUUCCCUUCCCUGCAUUCCCCCUCUAGGUGGGACUUCCACAUCUGGCAGGCAAUCGUUGCGUGCAUGCCUUCGUGGGACUUCCACAUCUGGCAGGCGAUCGUUGCGUGCAUGCCCCCUCUAGCGGUGUAUCUGACCGUGCAAUAUGCCAAAGCAGAGAUUGCAAGGAUGGAAAAGGAGCUUCAGGCAGAAGAGGCAUCCGCAGUUAAGGGGAGUGAGGGUGAUGGAGGGAGGCAGGAAGGUGCGGAAACAGCUACAGCUGACUUGUCACCAGCUCGCAAAAAUGUCACCACGGGGCACAGUGACGUGGCAUCUGCUGAUGUGGCAACUGUUGACGUGGCGUCGCUGCAGCGCCAGCUGGCGGCGCUGGCCAGUCAGGUGCAGCAACUGCAGGGAUUGGUGGGUGCUGGUGGGGGAGGGGAUGGCAGGGGAGGGGGAGGGGAGGGUACGGAUCCCUAUUUCAGUGGCAGUGCUCGGUAUGCUCCCCUCCACCACCUAGACACAGUGGCAUAA